CUUUAAAAAAUUUUCAUGAAAAACAACUCAAAUUAAGAAUUAAGAUCAGACAAUCAAUUUUGGAGGAAUAGCUGUCUGAUCGAUAUUUUUUAUAUCAUUAGAAUAUAGCCCUAAUUUUUAAGGAGAUAGGCAGAAUUUUAUACAAAUUCCAAUUCAAUUUCAAAGAAAAUGUACUUCAAUUUUUAGUCAAUACAAAAUAUUACAAUUAAUGAAUUAGAUGCAGUUAUAAUAGAAAAAUUCAUUCUCCAUACUUAUCACAAGCCUAAAUUGUCUGACAUUUAAAAAACCAGAUCUAAAUACGAUAAGUAUUUUUAAAAUAAAAAAAUUUUUAAUCAUAGGUCAAAAAGAAGACAAGCUCAAGGAAGGGCUAAACCAAAAUGGAAAAGAUCCCUUUUCCAAUUAAGCAUUAGAUCCUUUGUAUCUAUUUUACAAUCGUAAUAGGUUGAGAGUCACAGCAGGUUUGGCAAAGGAAAAAAUAUUUAGUUUUAUUAUCUGAAAGAUAGACUGCAUAAUAGUCAAAAAAAAAUAAAUAAAAUUUGAGGUUAUAGACAUCAAAAUAAAAUUACAAGGAAUUA